AUGAACAUUGAGAAACAGAUGAAGAUUUAUACAAAGAGAGAGAACAAAUAUGUAGUUCGUUAUGAUAGAACAACACCGUUAUGGGAUGUUAUGAAAACAUUGUGUGGGUGCAAAUAUUUUGAACCUAUUUCUUAUGGAGAACUUUUCACAUAUACGACUGACUUAUAUAAACAGAACCUUGCACCAUUUAAAGAUUUGACAUAUGCUUCAAAGUAUUGUGUACAACUGAAGAAGAAAGCCGAGUCAAAAGAAGUAAAUAAAAAUAAGUGCAAGUUCAUUCCUGAGCACAUUUUCUUUGCUGACUUUGAGUGCAGUACCGAUGGCUUUCAUAAAGCUUUUAACAUAUGUUACGACAGUGAAGAUGGUUCAGUGAGUGAAAGCAUUUGGGGUCAGAACUGUGCAACAGAAUUUUUGGAGCGACUUCCUGACAAGAGUUUAAUAUAUUUCCAUAACCUCAGUUAUGAUAUAAACUUCAUAUUAAGACACAUGACAGAAGUGAAAGGAACUCCCAUCAUUAAAGGUUCACGAACAAUGCAAAUAACUGGCUUAUAUAAAGGAAGGGCAAUUAUUAUAAAAGACUCUUACAGUGUUAUAAAUAAGAAGCUUAAACUAUUUCCUGCUAUGUUUAACUUACAAACAGGACCGAAAGAAGUAUUUCCAUACAACUACUACAGCAGUGUUUUGUUAGCAAAUGACAACAGAACUGGUGUCAUUUCUGAAGCAUGUAAGUUUAUCCGGGAUGCAGAUACAUUCAUGAAAAACAUAGAUUCCAUCAAAGGUUGCAGAAUAGAUGAGAACCACUUCGACUUAGAAAAAUAUAGCACAUUCUAUUGCAAACAAGAUGUAAGAAUUUUAAGAGAAGGUUUUGUUAAGUUCCGCAAUGACAUAUUGAAAGAGUUUGAUUUAAACGUAUAUGACUACGUUAGUAUUUGUUCUAUUGCUAACAAAUUGUUUGAGAACAGAGU